CGUCCCGCGCGCCUCCCGAUGUUCCACUGGGGCAAGUGGAAGAAGAGGAUGGGCGCCAGCGCCUCCGCCGCCAAGAGACCCGUGUUCGACGAGCGCGAGGACGUGAACUUUGACCACUUCCAGAUCCUCCGGGCAAUUGGGAAGGGAAGCUUUGGCAAGGUGUGUAUUGUCCAGAAGAGAGAUACUGAGAAGAUGUACGCCAUGAAGUACAUGAACAAACAGCAGUGCAUUGAAAGGGAUGAGGUUCGCAACGUGUUCAGAGAACUGGAGAUCCUGCAGGAGAUCGAGCACGUGUUCCUGGUGAAUCUCUGGUACUCCUUCCAGGAUGAGGAGGACAUGUUCAUGGUGGUGGACCUGCUGUUGGGCGGGGACCUGCGCUACCAUCUCCAGCAGAACGUCCAGUUUACAGAAGAAACGGUCAAGCUCUACAUCUGCGAGAUGGCUCUGGCGUUGGACUACCUGCGGAGCCAGCACAUCAUCCACAGAGAUGUAAAACCAGACAACAUUCUCCUUGAUGAGCAAGGUCAUGCACAUUUAACAGAUUUUAAUAUUGCAACAAUAAUUAGGGAUGGUGAAAGAGCAACUGCCUUAGCUGGAACCAAGCCAUACAUGGCUCCAGAGAUUUUUCAUUCAUUCAUGAAUGGUGGCACGGGUUACUCCUUUGAAGUUGACUGGUGGUCCUUGGGCAUUAUGGCCUAUGAACUUCUUCGAGGAUGGAGACCAUAUGAUAUCCACUCCAGUAACCCAGUAGAGUCCUUAGUUCAGCUCUUCAGUACUGUGAGUGUCCAGUACUCAUCUGCAUGGUCAAAGGAGAUGGUUGCUCUCCUCAGGAAGCUGCUCACAGUGAACCCCGAGCACCGCUUCUCCCGCCUCGCCGACGUCCAGGCCUCGGCCUACCUGUCCGCCGUGGUGUGGGGCGACGUCUGCGAGAAGAAGGUGGAGCCGGGCUUUGUGCCCAACAAGGGCCGCCUGCACUGCGAUCCUACCUUUGAGCUGGAGGAGAUGAUUCUGGAGUCGCGGCCGCUGCACAAAAAGAAGAAGAGGCUUGCAAAGAACAAGUCGAGGGACAACAGCAAAGACAGCUCCCAGUCCGAGAAUGACUAUCUCCAAGAAUGCCUUGAAGCAAUCCAGCAGGACUUUGUCAUUUUUAACCGAGAGAAACUAAAGAAGAGUCAAGAGCAGCCAAGCGAGCUCACGUCUCCCCCUGAAGCCGCUGACGAGGCGGAGGCCACAAGCCUGAACCUGACCAUGUGCAGCUCCGUGUGCUCCUCAUCGGGCAGCAGCUAGGGCCGUCCCAGCUCCGUCUGGGCAGCGCAGGGCACUCACUGCGCAGCUGCUGCAGUGAGCAGGUCGGCUUCUUCCCCUGCCCUUCUGUAGCAGCAGCUGCUCCCGAUGUGUUCUUGAUGCAGCUCGUUGACAAGCUCUGUGCUUGGGUAUGGGCGGGGAGGAAGAGCGGGAGAUCUCUGCCUCGCUUGGGCCUUGCCCACUGCUGGGCUGACAGGAGCCCGUUGCAGAGCAGAGCUGCCGGGGCUGGUGCUGCGCUGCUGGCCGGGAGCUGCGUGCUGUGACGCUGCCCUGGGCCUGCCACAUCCCGCAUGCCCAGUGGUGCCACUGCCAGCACUGCCGGCCGGGGUGGGAGCCGGGCUCGUAGCCUGGAGCGCGCACGGGCAGCGUCGCCUUGCUGCACCACGGACUCGCAGGGAGCUGUGCAAACAGACCAGCCCCUCCUGCCACUGCCUGCCCGCUCCGGAGCCUGCCCGCAGCCGCACGUUUACUGGGAGCAGAGCAGGUGGCCUUAAAAUGCAGCUCAGUCACAGAGAGAGGGGAGUACCUUAUUGCACCCUUCUCUUACUUUAUUUGAAACACAAGGUGACAGCACUGUACAUAGUUUCCCCCCGCCUGUUUUCACGUCCUCGCAAGCCUAUCCUCAUGGCGCUGCGGAUGGGACCUCUCCUCGUGGCACCGCCAGCCCUGGCAGCGGUCGCGGCUGCUCCCUGCACUACGGCUGCUGGGGGAGCACUGCGGGCCCGGGGCGCUGCAGCCGCCGCGACGCACCCGGGCGUCACUGCGCGCGCCCGCUGCUCUUUGCCACAGGCACCCAGGGGCUUCCCGCGUUCUGUCCAUGUUGCGACACAUGACAGAGGGAUGGAGAAGGGUUUUGAUGGAUGCAUGCUUUUUCAGGGCAGCUUUUGCUGAGUUUUCAAUUUCCGUUGGACUAAAAAGGCCUAACCAGAAUGAGACCAUUUCAGAGGAAACGCGACACAGUGCAUCUAUUUUCCACAGUUUUAUGUGGAAGCCAGUACGUGGCUAAUCGCGGGCCGAGCGCCGUUUGCAGUGAGCUCACCCAGGACGGCUCGCUGGGCAGGGGCUGCAGCUUGUGUACCACUCACACAGGCUCUUGUAGGGCACGUGUGGGCGAAGGGCGCGCGGCGGCGCCGGGGCCACCGGGCCGCUCCGCGGCUCGCGGGUGUCUGCGUCCCGCUGCAGGAGUGACCACCUCGCACCCAGGGAGCGGCCUGAGACCCCUGCAUCUCCUGCUGAGAUGAAGAGCUUCUGGUCCUUUUUGUUCCUGUAAACUCCAUUUCACUAUUUAUCUUCUUUUUGUAAAUAAGCUUUUAGUAACAAAAGUUUGAGAAUAGUAGAAUGACAGCAUAACACAGAUUUGGACCAAACGGCCUCGUAGGUGGGAGACGUGAGUUGUAUAAAUACUGCAAAACACUCCCUGAAAAGCAGUGCCUCGUGUACAUGAGGGCAUUGUGCACUUGCUACUUCUAGGCUAAAAUAAAUGGGGGCCAAGUUCUGAACUUUGAGAAAGAAUUCCUGAAACGUCCCCCCCAAACAUUCCUUAGGGACAUGAGAUCUAGGAGUGUGUGUUGGGCCUCCAGUAAACCCACUUCUGAGUCCUCCCCAAGGAGGAGAAAGGACAUGUCUUAUCUCUGGGGCUCGCUGUGCUGUGCUGGAGACACUGCAAGCGUGAUGUAAUUUGAGUAUUUAAGUGGUUUUCAGCCUCGAGGAUGUGUGGGAAGGAGGCCGUAUUGCUGCGUGUUUAUGCGCAGGUGCUGGGGAGGGAAUCACAGCGAGGGUGACUGUAAAAAGGAAGAACCAUAAGGAAUAGGUGGCCUUGCCCGUUGCUAAAAGUCUGCUGCAGGUCUCGGACAUUGGGCUGGUACCCCGGCCCUGCGGCUGCGCUGGGUGCCGCCCCGCAGAGCCCACGUUGACGGGGCCCACACAGCGUCCGGCUCGCGGGCCCCGCGCGGCCGCCGCGCGAGCAGAGCUCGGCACACGCUUCUGCUGCAGGAGCCCCUCACCGGGGCUCCGGGAGAACCGGGAUACGGGGUUUUUCUGCUUAUAAAUAUUUAAAUAUGUGUAUUUUUUGUAUGACGGAUUUAUACAGGGUGCUCCGUUAUCCGCUGUGGAAAGUCUCCAUCAUCCAUGAAUUAUUCUCCUAGACUCCUUGCCAUAAGGUGUUUUCUUACCUAUGUUGUAUUACGAAGUUUUGGAAAGUUGUAUAUUUUUACAUGUUUCCAUUGAAUUCUGCAGACUUCCCUGGGAACUUUGCAUAGGAAAGAAAUACCAGGUCAGGCCCAAAAGUUUUGAUUUUUGAUGCCAAGUCUCUAUUAGCCUCCACUUUGCCAAAAGUGAGUAAGAGUAGUCAAAGAAUAUAGCAAAAACACCUGCACUGUGAACUUGACACUGGGCCGUGCUAAAAUCCUGAAGCCUGGGCAGGCUAUUUUUAAAAAUUAAUUCAGUGGAAAUCAGACAUGUA